CUAAAAAGUUCUAUAGCUUUAAAAGGUUAAGCAUACAUAUGAUUAUGAAACAGUAAAAACAAGAUUUGCAGAGAGAACGAAAUGAAAGGGAAUAAGAAGAUAAGUUCGAUCUUCGAUGUAUCUGCGUCUCAAGAGGUUUAUCUACAGCGAUGUGGCUUUGCCGUACCAGGUCAACCUCCUCCAGACUCCGAUCCCUCCGUCGGAGGAGUCUCGCCAUCGCCACCACAGGUAAACGACGGAACCGCAUCUCAGCCUCCGUCGUCGGAUGAUUCAGAGACGGAUAGUGUAAUCGGUUCGGGAUUUGAUGAGGAGGUUGCAGUGGAGAGUGAAGCGAUUCGAUUCGUCUCCCCGGAGGAAAGCACAGAGGAGGAGGAGGAGGAUGCUACAGAUCCGACCGUUGAGGUCGCGGCGGAGAAGCAGAGGAGUGGUCGUAGAGAUGAUGAGAGGUUGGGAAAGAAGAAACUUAAGAUUCCUUUGAGGGAUGUCGUGAAAGCCAUAGUUAUGAACUCGAAGGACACAGAGGCAGAAAAGGAAAAAGACAAAGAGAUUGAGAAGAUGAGCUGCGUGCAAAUCCUCUUGCAAAAAGGAUUCAAAUUUUAAAGGUGAUCUCAAUGUUUUCCCCCAAAUCAGAACUGCUCUUAGUGGAAGCAAGUGUUAAUCUAGGGUUCGUCAUGGCCAUCUCUGUUUGUGGUAGUCUUACAGAACAGCUUUGAUCUUAUAAUGAGAAUGUCUCUUUUGUUAUUAA